UAGAGGAUGUUUUUCACAGGAGUGUACAGGGCAACAUUUCCAAGUGAGUACUCAUAAACGAAAGAGGAAACGACUGUUGGGGAAAUCCUGCUCCAGGUUUUCAGGCAGCCCGUAUGAUUGACAUAUGAUAUCACUGGAGGCGUGUCCUGGAGUGGAGGUGGAGGUGGAGGCGAAGAGCUGAAAUUCUGCGGAGCCGGAGUGGGAUUGCUCUGUAAGGCACUGAGUGGUUUGCAGAGUGAUAGCUGCAGACAGAACUCCCUGCCCUGGAUAAGGAGCAGCUACAGUCGCUGUAAAUGUGCCUGAAAAGCAAUUUCCAAUCUUUGCGUUAGCAGGCAUUUCGGCCGUGGAAGAGGAGGGUCGGAGGACUGGGAGUGAGCGCUGCCCGGGAGACGCUGACUGCCAGCACCGGAGUUCCCGGGGACGCCGUCCCCCCACUUGCCCGGCGUGCGGGUUCGGGCAAGUGCCUGGAGCUGCGCGGGGGCCAAGGGACUUCGCCCCGCCUCCUCCCCGGAGGAGAACCCCCAAACCUCGCUGCCUCAAAAAGCCGGUAAAAAAAAAAAAAAAAUCCACCCCCUCACCACCCCCCAACCCGCGGAGAGCGGCGGCUCGGCCUCGCAGGCGUGUGCUCCCGCUUGCCUGCGCGGCUCCGUGACGCGCCCGCGGACGCCGGUUCGAGCCCCGUCCCGGGCGCCGCGGAGCCUCGAACGUCCGUGACGUGGAUUUUCACGCGUCAGGAGGCCGCCACUCCCGCCUUUCCCGCGAGGAGCGACUGAAACCCGAGAAGAACUCUGGUCCGAGCACGCACUCUUAUCCCCGCCGCUCCCUCGCUCGCUUUCCGGAGAGACCCGGAGAGCCCUCCCGAAGGGAAUUUUUUUCUGGCUCUCGGAGGGGGCUGCAGGAGAAGAGCCCCGGAGGUGGAUGUUACUGAGCUGCGCGGCACACGCGAGCUGUGAGGAGUCUGCGCCCGGCCGCGCGGAGUCUACGGAGGAUUGUCCCCCGCAGCCGGAAGGGGGCCGCGGGGAGCGCUCCUGCCCGGCGGGGGCGGUGGAGGCCGCGGGCCGACCGGCCGCAGCUCGGGCCAUGCCUCCCCGUUCUCCUCGCCGCGGUUGAUGCGGGGCGUGCACGCAGCCGCCCGCACCGGGACCCGGGCCGGGUUGCACGGCUUUGCCCGCCGCCCCCGCUUCGGCCUAGAGGGCGCAGCUCCACCGCGGUAGCCGGCGCUGUGGCGACGCCGCUCUGCAGCCCCUGCCCCUGGCUCGCUGCGCCCCGGCUCUUUAGGAAUCCGGCUUCUCCUUUAAAGUGUAGACAGCUAUUUAUUUAUAACCCUCCCUGACGUGGGCUUGCUUUUUGGCGCCCGCGUCCGCUCUGAAGGCUCUCCCCGAUUUGUGAGCCUCCCUGGUGUGGCAUACGCCAAAAGGUUUUGGAAAUCCACGGUGAUCCUUAGGAUGUGAUGGGAUUGUCCGAAAAGGAUUUCAGAUGCAUGCCAGGUUUCCACUGAUUGCCAGAAUUCAAGAUCACUACACAUGGAUCCCCAAAAUCAACAUGGCAGUGGCAGUUCUUUAGUUGUGACCCAGCAGCCUGCUUUGGACAACCGUCAGAGAUUAGACUAUGAGAGGGAGAUUCAGCCUGCUGCUAUUUUGUCCUUAGACCAGAUCAAGGCCAUCAGAGGCAGCAAUGAGUACACAGAAGGGCCAUCAGUGGUGAAAAGACCUGCUCUUCGAACAGCACCAAGACAAGAAAAGCAUGAAAGGACUCAUGAAAUCAUACCAAUUAAUGUGAAUAAUCACUAUGAGCAUAGACCUACCAGCCACCUGGGACACGCAGGACUCUCACAUAGUACCAGAGGCCCCAUACUGAGCAGGUCAACCAGCACUGGGAGUGCAGCCAGUUCUGGGAGCAACAGCAGUGCCUCUUCUGAGCAGGGGCUGUUGGGAAGGUCCCCACCAGCCAGACCAGUGUCUGCUCACAGGUCUGAAAGGGCAGUCCGGACCCAGCCCAAGCAGCUGAUUGUGGAUGACUUAAAGGGUUCCUUGAAAGAGGACCUGACACAGCACAAGUUCAUUUGUGAACAGUGUGGGAAGUGCAAGUGCGGAGAAUGCACAGCUCCCAGGACCCUGCCGUCCUGUCUGGCCUGUAACCGGCAGUGCCUUUGCUCUGCUGAGAGCAUGGUGGAGUAUGGAACCUGCAUGUGCUUGGUCAAGGGCAUCUUCUACCACUGCUCCAAUGACGACGAAGGGGAUUCUUACUCGGAUAAUCCUUGCUCCUGUUCACAGUCACACUGCUGCUCUAGGUACCUGUGUAUGGGAGCCAUGUCUCUGUUUUUACCUUGCUUACUCUGUUACCCUCCUGCUAAGGGAUGCCUGAAGCUGUGCAGGGGGUGUUAUGACUGGAUCCAUCGCCCAGGGUGCAGAUGUAAGAACUCCAACACGGUCUAUUGUAAGCUGGAGAGCUGCCCCUCCCGGGGUCAGGGUAAACCAUCAUGAUUUUUGGAGGUGGGUUGGACCUCCUGAACUUCUGGCUUCCAAGCUGUGGCUGUUACGAAAAGAUCCUGUUAGAUACUGGUUUUAUUUUCUUUGCGGUUUUUCCCUGUUUCCCACGUUCUCUCCCCCUCUUCCCAAGGUUUGACUCAUGGAUUUUACUCUUCUCUAAUGGAUGAUCUUCAGUAACAGUGAACUGUGAAACUGCACCUGGCUCCCCCUUAGGACAAGAGCCUCUGCCAUCCACUCGAGAGGAUAUUGAGAGCCAGUGGGCUUUUGUGUAGCCUUUUUGUUUUGCAAGCAACUUUCCAAAGUUGUACACAUGAACAUACCCACACACACACCCAGACUACAGUGAUUUAGAGCUGUUUUUGAUUGGGUACUCUGGGAGCAGGGAAAUUGGUUUUUUAAAGAGGCAACCAUUUAAUUGCUUAAACAAGCUAUGUAUUAAAUCUGUCUCCAAUUAGGGCUCUCUUCAUAGCAUUGGACCCUUAAGUAGCAAGGGGGAUAUGUUUCUGUUAUAACAUUAAAAUUCUCCUUUAACCACUGCCCUCUCCUUGCCCCUCAACGUUCUCUCCCCUCAGUUUUGGCAUUAUCUUACUCUAGAGAUGACAGUUUUGUUUUUUGGGUUUUUUUCCCGUGUAAUUUUAGAUCCGCUUUACAAUGUAAAUCUUCACAUUGGAGAUAUAUUAGUUGUAUCUUGCUCAUCCUCGUUCAAAGCUUUCAUAUUUGUGAAGGACUCAACUCCCUUCCUUCCGUACCCCACGCUUUUCACCAAAUUACUCUUGUCACUGAGGGCACUUGGAUGACUGAAGUUGAUAUUUAUAGCUGAUCGAUCUAUACAUGUCACAGAACUAUGCUGCCUAAAGUGAUCUUGGCUCCUUAAUGGUUUUUGGACCCUUGGUUAGUUAACAGCUGAGUAGUUCUAAUCUUUUCUGUUUUCAUUGCCUUAACCACAAAUUGUGGUGCUUUUUGUAUAUUUUAUGUAUAAAUCACAAAGUUGAAUUCUGACUAUUUUUAAGACAAAAGUCUGUUAAACUUUUUUAUUGUAAAGAAUAUUUAUUAUGCGAAUCUAUUAUUUUAUGAUAUUUAUUGCAAAAACUGUUGAAAUGUACUCAUGUCUGAAUAUAACAAAAUAUCAAUACAUAAUGGAAAAUAAGGUGACACGAAGAAAGUACAUAUGUUAACUAUAAUGCAGAAAAUAUAUUAAUUAAUGAACCUGUCUCUUGAUUUCUUCAUUUAUUAGCCUGUACUGUUGUGGUGAUUUUUGUCAUUUGCUUCGACUCUUUCUUCAUGCAUACCCAUUUUCUUUCUUUCCCUUAACAUACCAAAUCUAGAUGCAAGUGAGCUCAAAUUUUGAACUAGAUGUUUCCUGGAAAAUGCAUUAAUCAAGAUUUUGUAAUCCAAAUUCUGUUUCAACAAAUGCCUAAGUAAAUCACUUUACAGAGUGAAAAAAUUUUUUUUGUAAUUAAUGUUAACAAUUCCUGCCUCUUUUGGCUAUUUUGUAAGCAAGGGGUUUUGUGUAUGUCAUAGUUUCUUGCAAUGGGACGUAUUUGUAAGUUUUAAAAAAUGUUUAUCUUAACUCUCUUGGAUUAGUCAGAAAUUAGUUUUCAUCCGCAAAACUUAAAGGACUUAGUUCUGUAGGCAUGCUAGGAGUCUCUGGCACUGUCACUUUAAUAAAACAUUCUAAAAGUUAAGAGUGCACCAAGGGAAUAGUUAACAUUAUCAAAGAGAUGUUUUAAAAACAUUCCAGUCCUUACCUUUGCAUUUCCUUUCAUAAGUCUCUAAUGUGACCUGAUCAAAUAACAUUUUGUCAUGUUUUAUG